CCUGACAGCCUCUCUCUACCAGGAUGGAUUUGUCCUGUCGUCUGCUCUGAGCUGCCAGUCCCCUCAGGAGUCCUGGGGACUCAGAGGGUAGCCUCUUCAAACGAGCCUAGGAAGCACCCAGCUGUCAUGGUCAACAGAGCCAUGGAGGCCAAAGAUGGUGGGCGAGAACAGGAACGACCAAGCCUUCAUCUGGAAAAACUACAACACUGGGCAAGGCAGAGGCACAGCGGGCACCUCCUGGGACUGGCGGUCACUCAGUUAUGGCUAGCAGUAGCUGUCGUGCCCCUGGCUGUCUCAGUCGCCUGCCUGAACUCUGCCUGUCACAUGACCACAGCAUUACCACUUUGGCCUGGAGCCUCCGGUCUCCUCACUGGGAUUGUCACCCUUGAGCUGCGAAGAGCACCCCGCCUCUGGAAGGUGCGCACUAUGAUGGUAUUCAACCUGUUCAACCUCAUCUUGGGCUUCAUUGUGCUGGUGGUGGAGGUGAUAAAGACAGCCUUGGAGCCGGCCACAACUGUCCCUUCCCAGCUGGCCAGGCUGCUGGUGCUGGAGGUCAGCACUGAGGUCUUCACCCUCGGGGCUGUGCUGGCCUCAGCAUACGCCCUGUUCCUGCUGAGCCAGAGGAAGCCAGGAUGCUGCUGCGGCAGCCCCAGUCUGCACUACGAAGAACUGCAUGAGGGCCUCUCAGAGUUGGAGGACGUUCCUAGUUCGGACAACGGUCCCAUGGUCCACAGCACAGGACCCAGGACAAACAAGUAAGCUGGGGAGAGGAGGCUCUCCCACCCUGAGGAGGAGAUGCACCAGGCGCUCCUGCAUCCCACCCCAGCGAACCCAGAAGCUAGCUGGCCUCCCUAGACGUUACGUCCCAGGGGUGCCUUCCAUUUUCACUCAAGAACAAGCCCCUCUUUUUUCCUCCUGCCUUGUUAGGGGAAAGACACACCUGGCUCAUCACAGCCCUCUGG